AUGUCGGUUGAAACAGUUGAAAACGAAGAUGCUUCAGGGCUGAAGGAAGCUAUGAACGAAGCUUUUGCCCGUUUUGGCAUUACAAACUUUGAAUCGAAACUAGCUGCAACUGGUCUAGAUGGGGCAAGUUUUAAUAUGGGGAGAAAUACUGGUUUAGAAGCUCGUCUAAAAGAAGUCGCUCCUUGGCUCACUGUCGUCCACUGCUUCAAUCACCGUCUAGAAUUUGCUGCUGCCGACGCAUUCAAUGCUACGUUUUUUGCACAAGUAGAUGAAAUAAUGCGUCAACUGUUUUCUCUGUACCAGAAGUCACCGAAGAAACUGAGAGAGCUGAAAAAACUAGCUGAAGUGUAUGGAGAAACUGUCUAUAAGCCCAUCAAAGCAAGUGGGACAAGGUGGAUAGAUCACAAAGUGCGCGCCACGAAGGUUUUCCUGGAGAACUACGGCAUGUAUAUGCAGCAUCUUGAACAGGCCGCAACUACUUCACCUGAUGCCCAAAAGCAGAAGAUAAAUGGAUUCCUAGCUAAAUGGAAAGACGCUCGUUUCCCAAUGUAUGCUUCUAUCUUUGUGGACAUUAUUGGUCCUUUGCGUGUUUUGUCUCUUGGACUACAAAACUGA